AAAGAGUUGGGCAGUUUGCAGGACCGAGAGGAAUCCCUUAGGAUGAAGCUGAAUCUUACUAAGGUAGUUAAUGGCUGUCGCCUGGGUAAAAUAAAAAACCUGGGCAAAACGGGCAACCACACCAUCGACAUUCCAGGUUGCCUUCUGUACACCAAGACUGGCUCUGCCCCACACCUCACCCAUCAAACGCUGCAUAAUAUUCACGCGCUUCCUGCCAUGGCUCAGCUUACACUGUCAUCACUGGCAGAACAUCAUGAAGUCUUGGCAGAAUAUAAAGAAGGAGUUGGAAAGUUUAUAGGCAUGCCAGAGUCACUCUUGUACUGCUCCCUACACGAUCCAGUCAGUCCUUGUCCAGCUGGUUAUGUAACAAACAAGUCUGUGUCUGUGUGGGGUGUUGGAGGACGAGUGGAAAUGACUGUUUCCAAGUUCAUGGCAAUUCAGCAGGCCCUUCAGCCAGACUGGUUCCAGUGCCUCUCAGAUGGAGAGGUGUCUUGUGAAGAAGCAACUUCCAUAAAAAGGGCCCGAAAGUCUGUUGACCGGUCACUUCUGUUCCUGGAUAAUUGUCUGCGGCUACGGGAAGACUCAGAGGUCCUUCAGAAAAGUGUCAUCAUUGGAGUGAUUGAAGGUGGAGAUGUGAUGGAGGAGAGGCUGAGGUCAGCACGAGAGACAGCCAAGCGGCCCGUAGGUGGCUUCCUUCUGGAUGGCUUUCAGGGGAAUCCAGCGACCCUGGAGACUAGACUGCACUUGCUAUCAUCGGUCACUGCAGAGCUGCCAGAGGACAAACCAAGGCUUAUCUCUGGAAUUAGCCGGCCAGAUGAGGUGCUCGAGUGUAUUGAAAGGGGAGUGGACUUAUUUGAGAGUUUUUUCCCUUAUCAAGUGACAGAACGGGGCUGUGCUCUGACUUUCAGCUUUGAUUACCAGCCGAAUCCUGAAGAGACAUUAUUACAGCAAAAUGGGACACAAGAAGAAAUAAAAUGUGUGGAUCAGAUAAAGAAAAUUAAAACAACUGAUUGCAACCAAGAAAUGACAUCAUUUGAAAUUAAUCUCAAGGAAAAAAAGUACCAGGAGGACUUUAACCCACUGGUGAGAGGAUGUUCCUGCUACUGCUGUAAGAAUCACACCCGUGCGUAUAUCCACCAUCUGCUGGUGACCAAUGAGCUGCUGGCUGGGGUCCUGCUUAUGAUGCACAACUUUGAACACUAUUUUGGAUUUUUCCACUCUGUCCGGGAAGCACUAAAAAGUGACAAACUGGCACAGUUGAAAGAGCUUAUCCACAGGCAAGUAUCUUGAGACCUGGUGAAUACAAGUCUGACUCUUUACACAGAGCCUGUACUGCUGUUAGAACAUGGGACAAAAUGAAGAAGAAAUGCCCUUAGCUUUAAUCAUUUAUGCUUGGGACUAAGGUCAGAAGAAAUAAAGAAUGUAUGUGUCAAACUGCCCACAUGAGGGUGAAGAGAUUUCUUCUGAAGACUUAAAUGACCUGGAUUGAUCAGAGAGAAUUGAACUAUGACCUUCAAUAUUUCUAGGCUAACUCUUUCAGUUUAUAGAGAUUCAUUUAAUCAAAAACAUAAACUUUAGAUGUGAGUGAGUGGACAGCGUUGAAGGGGGGGUAAGAGAUUCUGAGGGGCCACUGAGUUGGAGUGAGGCUUCAGAAGAGAUGACUGAGCAGCAUUGACCUCUGGACACAGGCCUGUAGACUGGAGGAGGAAUCUGGCUGACUUUGAUCUUCAUACUCAGGAGGCUCUUUUGGAUACUUCUGCCUUCCAAGCUGCCCUGGCCACAAAGUCAAUCAGAAAUGGCUCUUGUGACUUAAUUGGACUUGUAUCUCCCUGGAAUUUUGGGCUCAAACAUUGCUCCUGUGAUUGGUUGGCCCAGGUUACACUCUUUCAUUUGGCCACAUGGUCUGUUUAUGACUUGUCUCUCUAGAGCCAAGGCAGUUGCCUGCUAGGAGCCAAAAGUUUGCCUGGUUUUCAUUUGUAAGUACAGAUCCACUAGGGUCUGCCUUCCAGGCUUGUUAAUAGUCUGACCACAUAAUCACUAUAGCUCCAUCACUUGUGAAGAUACAUUUGUAGUGUGUUCACUUGGACAGGGCUCUGGCCUGGCAGAGCGAGCAUCAGUUUCUGUUCUGCUCAGUGGUGACACCUGGGCUCAUCACUUACGCUCUCCAUGCCUAUUUCCUCCUGAAUAAAUGGGAACAGGCAUGGUGGCUAGGACUAAAUGAACUUCCAAUAUUCUGUCUAGCUCUAAAAUUUGAGGAACAAAAAGUUUUAGAUAUAGUUAUAGCUUUACUUGUUGUCCUUGCUUAUGAAUCACUAUUGGCCUGAUAAAAGAAAGGACACAGUGCUGGAGAUAGGCAACAGUAGAGAUAUUUGAGAGCCUAACAAGAGAUUUGGCCUAAGGAUUUUAAAGUGGUCGGUGAACUGGCAUCAGCAGGUCCUGAGGCUGGUGAUGAGGGUUCUUCCUAAGUCAUUUUCGUAUUUGUCAAGUUUUCAAUAAGGAAUACACAUACAUGCACAUGUACACAUAUAGUUUUUAUAAGAACAACAAUAGC